AUGCCGCGCCGAGCACCUGUAGCCACAGCCAGACUGGAACCCCCCACUGUUUCACGGCCUCAGACAACCCAUGCCCAACGAAUGGAGUACCGCAUAGGAAGAGGAGAAAUGGGCGUCUUGACGUUUGAGCCUUACAAGUCAUACCUGCUUCCCCUAUGGCGAUUCAGAACACCAGACAUUGCACGGCAAUCCUCGGCGCUCCUCCGGAAAGAGUUUGAGCAUUUUGGCGAAGAGGGAGACUUUGUCGGCAUGGACAUGACGCGCAAAUUCAUCCAGAUGGGAUUCACACGCGCGAAACGAUACGCCAAUCAUAAAGGCGGGAAAAAGUACGACAAAGACCACGAGAUCCUUCCCAACAGCGAGGCUCAUGCGGACAAGGCGGACAAGGAAGAAUCGAGCCGGAUAUUCAAGGAUAUAUUGGAAGAGAUUAAGCAAGACGAGACAUACUUGCGGCUCAAGGAGCAGUUCCAGAAAGAGCUUAAGCAAUACAAGAAAGAGAGUUCAUAA